GCCUUGCAAAAGAUGCAAAUGAAAUGAAAAUAAAAUGGUGGCCUGUCAUGUCAAAGUCGAACGAAGUGGUAUAGUGGUGCCUUAGUUAUUUUGUUUAGAUUGAUCUAAUCUAAGUUUAUUCAUAAAGAUGGGAAGAUCUCGGUCAAAAAGCAAAUCUCCACGGCGGCAUCACAAGAGCAGUAAACACUCAAGAAAAAAGAGUAGAUCAAAAGAUCGUUCAACAUCUCGCAGUAGAAGCUCAAAACAUGCCGAAAAAAUAAGAGAACGUAGCUCUAAGUCCAGAAAAAGGUCACAUUCAGUAACUUCAUCCACAAGCAGCGAUGUAUCAUAUGAUGGAGGUAGAAGUCACAGGAAGAAGUCUAAAGUACGCAACAAAAUGGAUGAGGUUGAUCGACUUGCAGAAAUGGAAAGACAAAGGCGAACUAGAGAAGCUGAACAAAAAGUUGUAGAAGAAGAAGCAGCAAAGAGAAUAGAAUUGCUCGUCAAGAAGAAAGUGGAGGAAGAAUUAGAAAAGCGCAAGGAUGAGAUAGAGCAGGAGGUUGCCAAGAGGGUGGAGGAGGCCAAGCGCAAGAUGGAGAAGCAGAUGAUGGAGGAGCUGGAGCGCGAGCGCGAGCAGCAGCGCCGCGAGGAGCUGGCCCGCCAGGAGGAGGAAGCUCGUAAAAGGAAAGAGCUGGAGGAAAUCAUGGCUGAAAACAAUAAAAAAAUUGAAGAAGCUCAGCGCAAACUGGCUGAGGAGCGGCUCGCGAUGAUCGAAGAACAAAGAAAAAUGGACGAAGAGCGACAAAAGCUCAAAAAAGAACAAGAGAAACGGGUCAAAGAGGAACAAAAGAAAAUAUUGGGGAAAAAUAAUUCACGACCGAAACUGUCGUUCUCUCUAAAACCACUUUCAUGAUUUUGACGAGUCUUCGUUUAAUGUUGUCACUAGAGCGCAUCAUUAAGCAAUCUCUAUACUCAUUUGAUUCCCUUUUCAAAGGUUUUUCCACUUAAAACAUCAUCCUCAAAGAAAUUAUUUGGUGUUACCAACAUAAUCCUCAACACACUUAUGUAAUGUCUUUUCUCUAUAUUGAUAAACUAGUCCCUUUUAAUCCUAUAAUCUAAUACUUAGGUACAUAAUAAAGACGAUCGUAGUAUGAAGGCACAAGAAAAUAAUUCACAAUAUAAACAAAACGUAAGUCUGUGAAAUUAUUAUUCAAAAUAGGUACAGUAUUUGGUAAAUUGGUACUUUUUUUACAUUAUACAGAUAAAUUAAAUGUAAAUAAUAUUAGGGAUGUGAAAUUUAAGGUCAAAUUAAAAACUUUUUAAUGCAUUAACAGAAAGUAGACGUAAACACGGUUAAACAUGUUUUAUUAUUAUUAUUCAACAAAUAAGAUUGCGUGACUGAACUGUAGCUAGAAUGAGUAACUAAAAUAUUGGGUUUUUAAGAACAUAUUCUUAGCUGGUGUGGAUUUAAUUACAACAUAGUAAUAACUUUCAUUUGUAUAUAGGUACCAUAAAAAAUGCUUGCUAAUAUUUAAUAACUGGUGAAAUAAUGUUGCUUAUGUACCUGUAGGUAACUCGAGGGAUAGACAACAAAGAUAGUAAAACAUCCGAAAUACGGUGGUCAGGCAAGUUACAGGUUUCAGUGCCUCAACAUUAGAAAUCAUGGUACCUAACAAAGCCUAAUGCCUAUUCAGAUGACUUCAUUCUGCAUUAUGCAACAUAUAGGUACAUAGCAUUUCAUAACAAGAAGGCUAUUGAGAUUGGCCCUGUAGUAGAUAUAGCGAAGCAUAAUCUUUAAAGCUGUUAUAAUUAUAUUUAUCUGUAUAAUAUACAGAUGCCAGGAGCAGUAUACCGAAGUGUUAGGUACUGUGAAAUUCAAAUAGGUAGGUACCUAAUAGUACGCCCUGUUGAAAUAAAUUUUCUAUGUGGAGUAUUUAACAUAAGUACCUACAUAAAAUAAGUAAAAUAUUUUUACUUUAUGCAUUAUUUUGGUUGGAUUAAAACACCUAUCCAUAUCAGCUCUACAUAAUUAACUCAAUGUAGGUUGAGAAGAACUUUCAUGAAAAUGGUAGGUACCUACCAUUUGCAACCAAAUGAAAUCGUCAAUAUAAUACGGAUGCUCUGUGCGUAUUUUAUUUCACAUUUUCUUCAAUAAAUUAUAAAUAAAUAAAAAA